AUGUCAAUUGAAGUUUCUUUAACGGUUGGCAAGCUGGAUGCUUCAUUAGCAUUGUUAACGACGCAAAACCACCAUGUAAUUGAGUUUCCAACUGUUCUUCUUCCAGAUAAUGUAAAGGCGGGAUCCAUAGUUAAAAUACAAGUUACUGAAGACCUUGAACAAGAAGCACAGGAGCGUUUGAGGUUUGCAAAGAUUCAAGAUAAGAUUCUUGCUAAGUAUGGUACUCAUGAACCUAAAGCUCCAAAGUUGAGAUUGGUUAAUGUCACACAAACCAGCUGUGUUCUUGAAUGGGACGCUUUAGAGAUUGGAUCUUCACAAUUGUUGUCUUUGGUGCUAUUUAAACAGGACUCCCGAGCUUUAAAUAUUCCAAACCCAAUGAAUUCAACAUCUACUAAGAUUUCGGGGCUUUCUAUCGAUACUGAUUAUGAGUUUCAAUUAAAAAUGUCUACCACGUCAGGUAAGUUCUGGUCUAAUCAGUUGAAAGUACGUACCCAUAAAAUGACUGAUAUGUCGGGUAUCACUGUGUGUUUAGGACCCUUAGUUAAAUCAGGUGAUGUUACUAAAGAACACAUGGAAGUCAGUUUAAAGGCCAUUGGUGCUAAACCAUUGCAAAAGCGGGUAUCCCUAGAUACUACCCAUUUUGUUUGCAAUGAUGCACAAAGUGAUGACAAGGAAUUGGCCAGAGCCAAAAAUGGCAACAUACCCGUAGUUAGACCAGAAUGGAUACGAGCAUGUGAGUUAGAGAAGCGGAUAGUGGGUGUAAGGGGGUUCUACUUAGAUGUCGAUAGCUCUACCUUAGAGAGUUAUCGAUUUGUAGAUAAAGGAGGAGCUGAUAGUGCUAAACAGCUUCCUGGUUUACCAGAAACUUCGGUUGAGAAAGCAGGACCAUCGGAAGUGAAACAGGAUCUGGGGUCUACCGCUGACACUAAUGAACAUGCAGAACCAUCUGAAAAUGAAGAAGAUGAAGAAGAAGAAGCGGAAGAAGAAGAAGCGGAAGAAGAAGCAGCUGAUGUGGAGAGCGUGAGUCUAAAGGAUGAAGCUCCAUUUGAUGAUGAUGUGGAGACCGUAAGUCUUAAGGACGCAGAAAGGGAGGAUCAUAAACCUGUAGAAGGUAUGAGGGAAGCAUUGGUUGUAGAUUUGGGUGAUGAAAACAAGGGAAACGGUUUGGAUGACUCAGAAACAGAAGCUGCCAUUAUCCCAGAUCAACAGUCUAAUGUUGAGAUCACCAACAAUCUCAACGUCCAAAAAUCAACAGAUAAGCCUGUAGAUACUACCGACACCUCUAAAGUAUUUAUAGAGGAUACAGGAACAACAAUUGUGGAACUAAAAGAUAAAUUGGUAGAGAAAGAGAACAAUGUGUUACCACCAAUUUCUCAAGAGUCAAAAGUCACUAUUAAGGAUCUUAAACACGAGUCUAAGCAUGAAAUAGUUACAGAUGAGAUAAAUAGGAAUAAUGAAAAAAGUGCUCCCGUUGAAAAACCUCUCGUAAUUGAAGAUUCAGAACUUAAAACCUCUGAAUCUCAUGCUGAAGGUGAUGUUUUGGAUGCUGAUGCCAAAAAGACCCCCGCAAGUAUUGACCGUGCAAAAGAUAGUGAUGAUGACACCAUUCAAUUGCCAGAGGAAACCGGCUCCAAAGAUGCAACUGGCACUGAUGACUCCAAAACAUCUAAUAUCAAUGAAGAGGCCCUAGCUCCCACUGCUUCUAAUACUUCAUCAAUUGUUAGCACACAUGCAGGGAAUAAAAACAAAAAAUAUAGAAAAAAAAAAGGCAAAAAAUGGUAG